AUGGUCGACGAGGCAAAGCCCACAUCGGCACAGCUCGCAGGAUCCUCGGGCACAUCAAGGCCAGCACCCUCCGCCCGUCCAGCCGGCCGCCAUCGCAAAGCAGCUGCCCAGGAUGAAGAUGCGACAAAGCUCCAGUUCGGCGAAUUCGCAGACGGCGAAGCGCUCACCAUUGGCGAGGUGCAGACCAUCCUCCAGAUCUCGAGGCAGGCGCCCAACGUCCCUCCUCCUCCCGACAACAAGGUGUACAAGCAGACCGUCGAGUACGUCAACGAGUUCACCAACGCCGACGCCAACGUCGCCGAGAACAUGCGCGCUGCCCUCGUCGCGCGCCCCGGUUUCCUGAACAUGUUCGAGAUUGCGCAGAUCAUGCACCUUCGUCCCGAGAAGGUUGAUGUGGCCGUCGCACUCAUUCCUAGUUUGGAACGCUACGCCCAAGGGGACGAGAACGAGGAGAUCCUCCAGCAGCUCCUCGAGGACGUCCGCGGCAUCGCGCGCUACGGUGGCGGCGUGUAG